AUUGACCGCGAAACAAUGACGCGCGAUGGAUAUCAAACUUAAUUAAAUCAAUCGAAUUAAUUUCAAUGGCCAAAAAUGCAUUUGUUUUUUUUAUUCAAAAAUGAAACGUGCUUAAUUUAGAUUCCGUGAACCGCUGAUAAUGUAUUCGUAUUUCAAGUACAGGAGGCCAAUGAAAAUGAAUGAUUAUGGAUUGAAACGGAUCCCGGAUUAUACGGAGCUGGCUUACAAGGAGGCUGUUUCGAAGCUGAGAUACUUCUUAUCGGGAAACUACGCGCCUUCUGCUCGCAGUUACGGAGGUUCUGCUUCGAUAAAGAAUCUCGACGAAUCCGAUGGGGAUCUGGACAAGAAAUAUUCUAGUUCGUACAACGCCGUCGGCGACUUCAAGCCGAAGCCGAGACUUACCGCCAAGUAUGCCACUCUUUAUGCCGACAGCUUGAAGAACUACACGCCCGAACCUGUCAAUGUUCCUACGUCGGCUGGGGCUGGAGAUUCGUCGACCGCGAACCCUGACGUCAUCAAUUUCAUACAUAAACAGGAAGAGUACAUCGAGCAAUUAGAAAGGGAGAGUCAGUAUUGCAGGGACGAAUUGAACAAUCUACUCGGUAAAGUGAAGGAAGUGAUCUCGGAGAACGAGCAUCUGCACGAAGCCCAGAAGAACAAGUUGAUUUCUAGAAUGUUCCAUUCGUACAAUGGCUCCGAAACUGAUGACGUCGACGACAGCACCGGUCUCGACAGUGACAAUAAGACAAGCCCAUCGAAAGCUCGGAAGACGUCUAAAGCCCGUGGUACGAGACUUGAAGGUCCCAACAUCGUCUUCGAGUCCCGCAUCGCAGAACUGGAAGCUCAACUAACUCAGUCCAAGAUCGACUUGAAGAAGCUGCAGGAUGAAAACAAUGAGAACAAACGUAAGUUGGCCUCUGGACUUGUCGACUCGACUUGCCUUGACGGCUUCAAGCGACAGAUCGACAAUCUACAGAGAGACAAGUCCACGUUGGAAGCUCAAAUAUCUAAGCUCAAACUGAGCUUGGAGCAGCGCGAAGACGACAGCGGACGGUACAGGAGAACUGAGGUCGUGGAACAACAACUAAGAGAAGAUAAGAACAGUUUGGAAGCAGAAAUAAGAAGUCUCAAGGAGGAGUUGAGCAAGGAGCGUGCGCGGGUGCGGGAGCUGGCGGGGGCGGGGGCGCGGGGGAGGGCGCGCGCUGAGCACCUGGACGACCUGCACCACGACCUCGCCGCGCAGUACGACACCGUCGCCAGACUGCAGCUUGACUUGGACCGUCAGCGGCGCGAGGAGAACGAUCUCAAACGAGAACUGACCUUGAAGAACUCCGCCGUUGAGGAACUGAAGAUGGAACUCAAGAAUAAAACUGCAUCUCUCCAGGCUGAUCUGUCUCAGGCUCACGCCGAGAAGGCUUCAUUGGAGGAGGAGCUGGCAAGCGCGCGGCUGGCCUUAGAGCGACACCAGCGCCAGACCAAACACGAAACUAAUCGACUUAAUUCAGAGAUCCAGUCCCUUCGUCAGCGUCUGGACCGAGCUGACGCGGACCUGGUACACUCGCGCCGCGAGAACCUGCGUCUCUCUGAGCAGAUCUCCAAUCUCGAAAAAGAGAUUAACUUGAAGAGCUUGAGCCCGAUCUCUUCAGAGAAGAACAAGAAGGAAAAGGAGCUGUCUACCAUGCUGGAGUCCAUUGACAACAAGCACGCUAAAACGGUGGCCGAGUUGGAGGGCAUGAUACAUUCACAAAACAGUCUGAUGGAGAAACUGACCGGAGAGUGUCGCUUGCUCACAGACAAGCUCGACGACGCGAACCGUAGGCACAAAGCGGAGAAAACACAAUUGCUUUGCAGGAACGCUGAGCUGAUGCGAAAGCUCAGGAGCUUGUGGUGUUCCCACAAGAGAUAUUGCACUACCACUGUAGCACGAAGCUCCACCCCGCUGAGCGGAUACCCCCACAGUCGAUCAUCGUAUGACCUAGACCGCACCUACCGAACAUCGACCCCCUUCACUAAUAGAUUUAGGAGCUUUUCAUCUAGAGACCACAUCGGAGGCCUCGUGAGAAACUUGAGCGAUCUAUCCCUUGAUAGAGUCGAUGACUCCGAUGUCGAGCCUUCGAAGGGAAGAAUUGGCAGCUCUGCAGCGUCAAGUAGACACUCUGGGCAGGACACUCCAGCCGCCGCACGCGCCUAGUCGUCAAGCACAUCCCACGCACUAUACUCCAGCCGACAGAAGCGUACCCUUUAUUGCUUCCUCUCCCGGACACGACGAUCCCGGAGAUCAGUCCCCCGGAGACACCGGACAUACAGACCGAACGGACAGAGAGCGACUCCAACCCGAGCAUCACGACCACCAAGAGCCUACAACAAUAACCGACGAACAUCAAUCUCAACCGAUGUCCAAAGAUGAUGAAAAACCCUACAAAAAUCAAAACGAUGCACCAAUUAAAUCAGAAAGACCAAUGGACGUAGAGCAUAAAGAACAGACUUAUCAAGAGGAUGCGAAUUUCAUUGGACAGGAACAAAAUUACGAAGCAACAGAAAUGCAAUACCAACCUGAAUACCAAAAUAAUUACGAGGAGCCGACUUACGCAAACGAACAAUAUGAAAAUUAUGAACAAUAUCAGCAAUAUGCUGACCCCAACGCGCAAUAUAGCGAAGAACAAUACAACAACAUAGCCGAAGUCAACUACCAACCCGAGCAGAAUUACGAACAAAGCUAUGAGAACACAGCGGAGGCUCCACAAGAACAAUAUUACCCAGAGUCAAAUGACACAAAUCCAAGUGAUGCUCCAACGAAAAUGGCGGAGGAACAUCAGAGUUAGCAAUUCGUAUGUUUUUAUUUCUUGCAACAUUCCGUUACAACGCUUUUGAUAGAGUAACGUGCCACUAAUAUAGAUUAGCUUUCGGCGUCGGAUAAAUAAACUAUGAAAGUUGAAUGUGUUGAAUAAUAAAAUCUAUUGAAAUGUUUAUCGAGAAACGAGUUAAUAAAUCGCUCAAUACUUAUAUUGCAAUUGGA